UUGAUUAUUGAUUGUACUGUGUUACCAUUCUCAUCUGCCACUGUCAGAAACUUCUAUUCAUCGAAGAAAUCGGACCCAUUUCCAAACCCGAACCCGAUUCCGAUUCCGACUCCGACUCCGACUCCACGCUCACUCCAUGUUUCUUUCUUCCUCCGCUCGUUUUUGCACCGUGUGAAGUUCAAUUUUGUCGUAGCUUAUUCAACGACACGUGGCGAUCUGAAUCUUCUUCAAUUUCCAUUUUUAGCUCCAAAAUCUCAGCAGGAAAUGAAAUGAGGUUUGAAGGGUUUUGCUGGUUUUAGUUUUUGUUUCAAGGGUUUUGUGAAGUUGUUUGGAUGGAAGCAAAGAAAGGGGAGGCACUUAAAGCGAUAGAGAAUGCAGAGAAAAGGUUUGCUCAUAGAGAUUUUGUUGGAGCGAAAAGUUAUGCUUUAAAAGCCAAAACAUUGUGUCCUGGAUUGGAGGGUAUAUCUCAAUUGGUGACCACUUUUGAAGUUUACAUUGCCUCUCAAGUUACUUUUAAUGGUGAACUCGAUUGGUAUUCCAUUAUGGGUUUAAAGCCUUCGACAAAUAUAGAAGCUGUGAAGAAACAGUACAAGAAGAUGGCUGGGUUGCUUCAUCCUGAUAACAAUAAGUGUGUCGGAGCGGAUGGGGCGUUUCAUCUUGUUUCUGAGGCAUGGGCCAGGUUGUCUGGUAGUUAUGAUAUGAAGAGAAAUGCGCAAUUAGGUAAUGGGCAUGGAUUUAAUCACAAUGGUUUGUCUUCUAUUCAUGCCUCUAGUGGUAAACAGGACACUUUCUGGACAAUUUGUACUUCUUGCAAAGUUCAGUAUGAGUAUCUGCGCAAGUAUAUAAAUAAGAAACUUUCUUGUAAAAAUUGCCGUGGGAUUUUCAUUGCUGUCGAAACAGCCCCGGCAAAUGGUUCGUUCCCUUAUUGUCCGUGGUCGUAUGGGUCUAGCAGUGGUUAUGGAAGCCAUUCGUAUGAUGGAGUUACAUAUGCUCCCAGUAAUGGCGCCUAUUUCAACGGAAAUGGGGUUACCGGAUACCAUUCGGCACACGGGUAUGAGUAUGUUUCUAAUGUUCCAUAUCAAUUGAACUCUGCUGGAUAUGUCAAUCAAAAUGGAUCAUCUACGUCACCUACUUGUCAGGCCAAUGGGAAUGUAAAGAGGGGAAGACCAAAAGUUAAAUCAGAAGCUGAUGUGAAGCAUUGCAUGACAGAGACAUUGGUUAAUAUAAACUCAGUUGUAUCAUUCUCCCAGAAUGAACUGCAAGAGGUUAAGCCGAGUAGACCUGAGAAGAAAAGGAAAGUUCUUGGAGCCAGUUUAAGAAAUGGCCAUGAAGGAAAGGGUUCAAAAUGUGCCUCAGAGUCAGCAUUGGCUAAUGGGAAUGGAAGCAUUGGGCAUGGCCAGAAGCUUUCCAGUACAAGUGAAAUUCCAACAAAACAGUAUUCCACGGCACCAGCUUUUGAUGCAAGAAAAUUAUUGAUCGAGAAGGCCAGGACAGAAAUAAGGAAAAAACUGGAAGAGAUGAAGUUGGCAUCUGAAGCUGCAGCUGCUACUAAUGAGAGAAAAAAAUCUCAAGCUGAUGUUGAUCAGGUCGAAGGGGGUGCAUACAUUAAAGCAGCUCUUAAUGUUUCUGAUAAUCAAUUAGAACAUAGGAAAACUGUUCCAGUGACAAUUAGUGUCCCAGAUUCCGACUUUCAUGAUUUCGAUAAAGAUAGGUCAGAGCCAUGCUUCAAACCAAAGCAAAUAUGGGCCUUGUAUGAUGAGGAGGACGGGAUGCCCCGCUUGUAUUGUCUGAUCCGCGAGGUUGUCUCUGUCAGUCCAUUCAAGAUUAACAUUAGUUACUUGAGUUCGAAAACUGAUAGUGAGUUUGGCUCAGUAAACUGGCUUGUUUCAGGUUUCACUAAAUCCUGUGGAAAUUUCAGGGCCAUGACCUCUGAUGUUGUCGACCAAGUUAACAUUUUUUCUCAUGUUCUAAGCAGGGUGAAGGCCGGUCGAGGCGGUUGUGUUCGCAUAUAUCCCAAAUGCGGAGAAAUUUGGGCUGUUUACAGAAACUGGUCUACAGAUUGGAAUCAUUCUACACCAGAUGAGGUAAGGCAUCAGUAUGAUAUGGUGGAGGUACUGGACGAUUAUUCCGAGGAGCUUGGUCUUUGUGUUAGCCCCCUUAUUAAGUUGGAUGGAUUCAAAACCGUGUACAAGAGGAAUGCAGACAAAAGUGCCAUUAGAUGGAUACCAAGAAAAGAAAUGUUGCGUUUUUCGCACCAAGUGCCUUCGUGGUUGUUGAAGGGUGAGGAAGCAAGCAAUUUGCCCAACAAGUGUUGGGACCUUGAUCCAGCUGCAACUCCCGAUGAACUCCUUCAUGCUGCUAUAGAAACAAACGCUUUGUAGACACGCAUGAUUGAAACAAGUACUAUUUGGAAACAUAUACACAUUCUUCCAAAAACAUGUUUUAGAUUUAACUGUACACUAUGUCACACAUAGUUAGAAUCCAAUGAGAUUUUAACCACUGACAUUUUUACAAAGUGAAAUCUUAUUUAGCAACAUUUCAAGUAACAAUUGUUAGAGGUCAAGAUAGAUUGGCAUUGUAUUCGCUACUUGUAAUUUUAUUUCUGGUCAGGAUUUACAGGCAAAGAAUUAUAAUCUGAAAGAAAUUUUAAA